AUGUGGGAGGGAAAAAUGGGAGGGAAAAAUUCCAGGCUCGGGAAGAGCGAGAAUUCCCAGAUUUCCGAGCGUGCCGGAGAUUGUUCCAGCCGGGAAUUCGCUCCCUGCCAGGCCAUGUCCGUGCCGGGAAUUCUGGGAUCGCUGCUCCAAGAGGAGGAAAAAUUUUCCUCGUGCCUGGCCCGGCUCGACGCCCUCAUCCUCAAACCUCUGCUCCAGGCAGAACCCAACGAUCCGAAGGAGAAGGAGAAUUUCCAGCUCUUGGUGCUGCUCAACGAUCGCUUCCAAGCCCUCUGGAAUUUCACGGAGGAGAAUUCCCGGAUCCUGAGGGGCUCCGAUUCCGGCUGUAUCCAGGAUUUUUACAUCCUCUGGAAAGGAGAUCUCUUCCUCAGCCUCUCCAUCCAGUGAGAGCCGGAA